UUGAUAAAACAACUAGACUUAGAUUUGAUCUAUGGAGCAAAUACGCAUGUCCAUGCCGAUCACGUUACGGGCACAGGCGAGCUGAAACGGAUAUUCCCAAAAAUGAAAUCGGUUCUAUCGAAGCAUAGCGGUGCAAUGGCUGACGUGUUUGUUGACGAUGGCGACGUUCUGAAAUUUGGUGAGGAAAAGCUGGAGGUGCGAACUACUCCGGGACAUACCAAUGGGUGUGUCACAUACGUAUCGCAUGAUCACAGAAUGCUCUUCACCGGAGAUGCCCUACUGAUCAGAGGAUGUGGUCGUACGGAUUUCCAGCAAGGUUAA